UGUGGGAAAUGGGUGAUUGACACGGCGGCCAUUUUCCCGCUGGACGCUUCGCUCCCAUUGUGUGAACGAGACAGUAAAUACUGACACGGUCAGACAAGCUAAACAUUUAUUUCAUCCUUUCAUAUUGUACUUUUACGAGUGAUCUCAAGGUGCCAUGGCUCGUACCAAGCAGACUGCCCGUAAGUCUACUGGAGGCAAGGCUCCGCGUAAGCAGCUGGCCACCAAAGCUGCCCGCAAGAGUGCCCCCUCUACUGGUGGGGUCAAGAAGCCCCAUCGUUACAGGCCGGGUACCGUUGCUCUGCGUGAAAUCCGUCGGUACCAGAAGUCUACAGAGCUGCUAAUUCGCAAACUGCCUUUCCAGCGGCUUGUGAGAGAGAUUGCCCAGGACUUCAAGACCGAUCUGCGCUUCCAGAGUGCUGCCAUUGGUGCUCUGCAGGAGGCCAGCGAGGCUUACCUGGUGGGCUUGUUUGAGGACACCAACCUGUGCGCCAUCCACGCCAAGCGUGUCACCAUCAUGCCCAAAGACAUCCAGCUGGCCCGUCGCAUCCGUGGGGAGCGUGCUUAGAGACCCCCGUGUUUCUCCUCUCUCUUUUCCACCAUGUCAGUCCGUCUUCCCUUCCCCCUCUCUAAACCUCACACCCCCUCUUCUGUUUGUAGUGCUUAGACUAACAAUGAUUAUGAUGACUAUAAAGUGUGUAGUUGUGUCUUUCUUAGUGCUGUCUGCAGCAGACCUUUAGGGUACCUUUUUGUGCAUGUACCAGCUUUGUGCUGAUCAGACACACACACUUUCACAAGUGUGACACUAAUGGGUGCCCUGCUUAGACAGCUUUUCCCGGUCAGGGAGAGUUUUUGAGUUCAUCUACUUAAAAGUAAUGUGGUACUCAGUAGUGCCUGGGUUACAGAUGGAGUUUUGGCUGGGUGGGUGGAGACACGGACAGGCAGAUGAAACAGGAGGGUGGAGUCAGGCUUUAUCUGCUGAGGAGGUGACAGCUGCCUCAGCAGGGUGCUAGAACUGCCCUGACCGAUCCCUUCUGCCCCCCGCUACCCCAGAGUGAGUGUAAGAGAGGACACAGGUUCGGGGGAGUACAGUUUUUCUAAUAGUGCCUGAAGGGUGAUGUUGAUGUCUGUGUGUGCGUUGUGUGUGUGUGAUGAUCAGCACAGCAAAUUGUGUUCAUCUACAAGUAUCUCUUGGUAGAGCAACUGUUUAUUACAAUGUUGAUGAUGAUUAUUAUGGUAUCCUUUUUUAAAAAUGCAUAUGUCUUUUCAUAUCUGCGGAAAAUACUUUUUAAGGAACAACAGCAAUAUGGGGUUUUGCAAAAGACAAAAGUAAUCAUUUCAGAUUUUAAGAUGUUAAUUUACACUGGCCACACCCGGGGGUUAUUGUAUAAAUGACUCUGAUUUUUUUAUUUUAAUUUUUUUUUUUUUCCUCCCUCUCUUUUGCCUAUAACCAUGAAAAAGCUUGUAUUCUCUUUUUCAUUUAUUCUGUUUCUGGUAUGAAAUUGGCUUUAAUGGCAUAACCAGUGUGUUGCCAAAGCAUUGGAAAGCCUGGAAAAGACGA